UCGAAAUCCCAAACGAAACAUCCCCGCAAACGCACUACACAAAAGCGCUUUUCCUUCUCUUUCAAUCCAAAACCUUCACCGGAAAACAACCAAAAUGUCACUGGAUACGUCUAAAAGCAACAAGAUCCGUCGCAUUGUCCGCCUCCGUCAAAUGCUACAACACUGGCGCAAGAAGGCACGUGCGGCGGCCUACAGAGCACCGCCAUCCGACGUUCCCGCCGGUCACGUCGCUGUCUGCGUCGGCAGCGGCUGCCGGCGAUUCAUCGUCCGCGCUACCUUCCUGAACCAUCCGAUCUUCCGUAAGUUACUCUCACAGGCCGAAGAAGAAUACGGCUUCGAAACGCGAGGUCCUCUGGCUCUUCCGUGCGAUGAAUCGGUCUUCGAAGAAGUUCUCCGUGUCGUCGCUCGCUCUGAGUUGAGUAACUCAUCGCGAAAUUCGAAUCUCAAGGAUUUACAAAGGCGAUGCGAUGAAGAUGUAAGAAUUAAAAACCUCGAGUUCUUAGGCGAAUCGAGACCUUUACUGUAUGGAUUCUCUGAUAACAAAUCCGUUUGUUGAAGUCUUUGAGUAACUGAGUUGCCGCCGAAUCGACUCGGACAUCGCUGAAUCGAGUUCCGGUGAGUCGAUAGACUUCUUCUUUUUUACUUUUAUGUGCUAACAAAUAUCACAGUGGUAAAAUUAUCGGAUUAUACCGAAGCUACGGGUCCUCCUCUGGUCAGAUUUGGCCGGAGAGACGGCCCGACGGCUAUUAACGGUUGCGUUAGCGAGUCAGUCGGCGUGGAAUCGGUGGUUUUUCUUCUUCUCUUAUAGCCUGUAAAUGCCCUAAUGAGGCCUCCAUUAACUUUUUUUUUCCUUGUAGAAAAUUGAAGAAAAGUAUAGAUAAGUCUUCUUUUUAGUAUUCAUUCAUAAAAUAGUUCAAAUUUCAAGUGAUGAAA